CACCAAGGCGACCGCGUGGGGGUGGGGCCUGUCAGAAAAGCCUCUAUUGUGGCCUCCCCAGGGUAAAGGAGCUGGGGAAGGAGCCUGUUCACUUGCUUAUUGGAAUUGUCACUAAAAGAACCUGCCUGGGACUGACUGAGCCUUUCCUGGAGGAAGCAGCCGACCAAACCAGCCUGUCAGCUGAGAGCAGCGCCCAGGCCCUGCUCUUCUUGGCCGUCAUCCCCAGUGCAGUGAGCAGUUUUAGGCAUAGUCAUUUCGGACCUCCAUAGAAUUUCUUGGUAAGAAGAUGUUGCAAGAUAGCCUGAUAUAUAUCCCUACAGAUUCAAGCCAUAGUGCUGUGGACUCUCACUUGUCCCAGGAAAUCUGCACCACUGCCUCUGAACAUCUGGAUGAGUCAAACAAUGAGAGUACAGCGAGAGAUAGUGAAGGAGAAGAAAAGAAAAUGAGGGAAAAGGCACUGCCUAUGGACUGUGCUCCAGCACCAAAUGAGAAAUUAGAACAAGCACAGAAGAUGGCUGAAAAGUUCAUUAAAGAAAAAGAGUUCAGGUCUUAUUUUCAGUUUGAAGUUGCUGAUGAUGUUUUUGUUAGCAAGCUCAUUCAUUGUCUUCUCCUAGGUCUUCCUGCACAGGCCAUAGAGCAUGCUGAAUCAGCCAAACGUACCAUGCUGACAGGGAUUCGUAUGCCUCCAGCAACUCCAGAGGACAAAAGAGAAAUAUUAGGAACUCUUGUGACUAUCUACUAUACCUUGGGCAUAGCACAUCUGGCACAAAACAAUGGCAAAGAAUCCUAUCUCAGUCUGCAGAAGGCAGAGAGACUCAUGGAAGAACUUCAAGAACUGGAUGGGAGAGUAAUCAUGGGAUUAAAAAUAGUCAUUGCAUUGGGCAGGACAUGUUUGCAGCAAAACAAGUUUGACUUUGCUGCGGGUUAUUUUGAAAAAGCUGUUGAUGCAGUAAUUUUAACUGAAGGCGAUACGGCUCCAGAACUGAUCAAUCUUUAUCAGAAAAUUGCCCAAAGUGAGCAACUGAAGAAAAACCAUGGAAGAGCCAUAGCAUAUUUAUUACAGGCCCAUUACAUUUGUGUGGCUCUGCACAAGCAACUUAAUGUUGAAGCUGCUCAGAUGGGCUUGUUGCUGGGCAAAACUUAUGCUGCAACUGGAGACCAGCAGCAUGUUGGGGUGGAUGAAAUGUAUUUUACAGAGAGUCUGGUUGCAUAUCAGGCAGCACUGAGUGCAAAGGAUUCCCUGACACUUACUGCCAUUGAGGAAUUCAGAAAAUGGCUUGUACGUGUAGGGAAAAACUAGCAGGCCUACAGGCUGUUGAAAGAUUCAUUGAAGUCCAUCAUAGACACCUAUGGUGAUUUUAGUGAGAAGGCAGCUGAAACUUACCAUAUCAUGGGCAGUAUGAGAGAGAUGAGAGAGGCUUACCAGCUGUUCAGUAAGUGUUUGCAGAUUCAAAUAGCUGUUUAUGGGCCUCGCAACAGGAAACCGAAAGAGAUGCAAGAGCUCCUGAACGCAUUAGAGAGGUCUCCAACUUUCCAUGAAGGGAACAGACUUGUGAAGUAGAAAAGACAGAUGGUGCUAAAUCAGACUGUUGGCAAAAAUCUUGGAUCCUUAGCAAUUGUGACAGCAGAUGAAACCAGAAACUAAGUUGGAGGAUUAAUUGGAGAACUCAAGUACAUUGUAUUUGUUAUAAUCAACUCAACAGAAAGUUCUGUAAAUGUUUGCUUUAGUUUAGGAAAAAGCAUCAACCUUCCAGAUAAACUUCCCCCUCCUAUUCUCCUUUCAUUUUCUUUCUUACUGUAUUUUGAAGGUCUGGGUCUAACGGUAGCACAUCAGAUGUUUUACUGAGUAUUAAAAAAAUGGGCAUAAAUUACAACAGUUGUGAAUGCAGGACUCCCUUUGGAAAAGUUAUUGGAAUACAUGGUGACGCAUAUUUAAAAAUGUCUUUUGAAGACAUUCUAAUAGUACUUUGGUGAAUGAAUGCAGAAUAUACCCAAUGGAGAAAAACAGAUUGGAUUAUUUUUUCCCCGGGCUAUUGGUACACUGGCCUUUUUAUAAUCUAACACACAAAGUAAAUUUGGUGUGUUAAAUUUAGUCUACUUUUAGCGCUUCAGCUAAGAAGGCUGAAUGCCUCCUUUUAAUGUGAAAUUCCUCUUAAUGCUUUGCCUUCACUACAAAAUCUUCAUCUUAGAACACAGAUAUGAAAAGUUGAGUUUGCUAGUACUUGCUAGUUGAGUUUGCUAGUGCUGACCACAACUAUGCAUUUAAUGUUAGACAGUGUUAUCAUGAUUUAGAAGCCUAAGCCACUUUGAAAAUGGGUCUUAAGCACUUUUGAAAAUGUGAUCCAAAGACAAGUCACAUUUUAUCAUUGUGGAACUUAAGUCAUUAAACCCAGGAUUCAGCUUGAGGCAUGGGUGCUUGUCUGAGCCAAGAAGGAUUGGGGCCAACAUGCACUACAUUCCAGUGAUCUUAUUUGCAUAAUAGCCACUAGCCACUUAUGACAAAGACCAUAACACCCACCCCCCCGGAGGGUUUCACCAUGUUUGUGGACUCCUCCACUAUUAAUUUAGAGGAGCUGAGGUCUGUGCUCCAUAAUGGCACAGAGACCUUAGCAGAGGCCAGGCCCCCAAGAUG